UUGUCAGUGCCUAUCAGCUGUUGAAGUAUUCGCGCUCAUUGCAUAGAAAUCUGUAUGGAAUGGAUUAGUACAAUGUUCUUGUUUUUAUUUACUUAAUCCUAAAAUGUUUUGCUUUAAAAUAUAUCGUCAAAGUGCAAAUUUGCUGCGAUCUCCAACGGCUCUACAAAAAGUAAACGAUGUAGCUAGGAAAUCCAGCGUUUACAAGCGGCCGCAGUUGAGUAUUCCACACACUGAUCAUCUGCAAACGCUAAAAACGCAAUUGUUUCAACAACGAAGCGAGCUGAACCCCAGUGAAUGGGAAGAAUUGCGAAACGAUUUAAUUUCCAAAUAUAAACACAUAAGCACCAGCAAUGUAGAUGCUAUAAUAAUGGGGUUAUGUGACGGGGCGGAAAAACUGGCGCUCGCUAAAAACUACGUACAUUAUUUACGCGGAUGUGGAUUAGAACCAAAUAGAGCGACAAUAGGGCGUCUACUGAAGAUUUACAAUGCUGCGUAUCAUGCAAGAGGUGGAAGUGACACAGCACUGACUGUGGAAGAACAGCAAUGUAUUUUAGAUAUAUAUUCCAAAUUACGAGAGCGUUAUGAAAUCUUAGAUGCCACAACAUGUGAAAAUUUAAUCUAUGGAUUAGUAAGCACAAAAGAGUGGCGCACAGGAAUAGAAUUACUGAGUAUGAUAAGACUAACGUGUACGCCGAGUAUCAGCGCAUAUACUGAACUAACGAUAAAGGCUUUUAGUAAAGGUGAUUUAGAAACUGGCUGGGAUUUGCUUGAAGAAACUGUGACGCAACGCAAAGAACCCAAAUGUGAAUCUUAUUUAGCAUACUUGCAGUAUAUAGCUAAUGAUGCAAAAAAUGUUCAAUACGAAUAUGAAAAGUUCUUAUCGUUUUUGGAGAAAUAUGAGCUGAUUAUAACAGCAAAAGUGGCACAAUAUAUAGCACAAAAUUUAAAUGCCACGCUACAUACGGUCAAACCCUCUCAAUUAAACAAACAAGGCAAAUGUAGCCAUUGUAACCUGAGUAUGAGGGAGAUCGCUACUAGCGAUGCAGAGUAUGCCAAACUCAGCAAUUCCUUCUUAAAUAAAGUUCUUAUACGCAGCGAUAUCUUCCAGAAAUCAACGCCUGAAGAAGUGGAACGUUUCAAGCGCUACGUCACGCAAACGGCGCCAUAUGAUUGUGUCAUCGAUGGCCUCAAUGUAGCUUAUUCCAUGGGCGCAAAAAAAUCACCAAAAUUUUUAGCUGCAUUGCUAGCUAAUGUGGUCAAACACUUUAGGAACCAAGGCAAACAUGUGCUUGUACUGGGUCGAAAGCAUAUGAAUAGCUGGCCAAAAGAUGCAAUAUUUUAUAUACGGAAAAAUGCUAGUAUGUUUCUGACAAACAAUCUUUCCCAGGAUGAUCCUUUUCUUUUGUAUGCUACCUUAAAAAGUGGUCAAUCAACUGACUUUUUCUCGCGCGAUCUAAUGCGCUCGCAUGCAUUUUUGCUCGGAAGCGAGUUGAGUAAAAUUUUCCGACGCUGGCAACAAGAACAUCAGUAUGCGUUAAUUACACAAACCGACAAUGGAAAAGUAAUUAUAAAGGAACCAACGCGCCAUUUGCUUUGCACGCAUCAAGUGCAGGACACAUGGCAUGUGCCAUACAAGCAAAGCUACUCAUCAAAUCCUGCCGAAAUAUUUGAGGUGCCUGAAAGUUGGCUAUGCAUAAAAUUUAACAAAAUGAAAUAAAUUGCUCACAUCUUUUUAAA